AUGUCAGAAACUCAACAGUUCUCUUCAAGUUCCUCCUACAUAUCCAGCAAUUCCGAUGAACGUCGUGUCAUAUUUGGUUGUUAUGGGGUCAAUCGGUACAUCAUUCUCGGUUUAGGCCUAUGCUUUCUUUCCUUCAUGAUGUCCAGCCUUAUCGCAUUUCAAGCGGCAUUUGUGGCGAUCAUGGACAAAACAACGUCGCCUCUCUAUAAUGGCACAGUUUCGCCUGACAUCGACUGGGCCACCUCUGACCUUCCAAUUGGCGAUCGCCGGCUAUCCUACGGUGUGGUGGAGAAAAGUCUGAGCUUUGCUGGAGGAUAUGCCGGUGCCAUGGUGGCCACGUUCCCGGUGAACAUUCUUCUUCAAAAAUACGGUGCGCACAAGGUGAUGAUUGUGAUCGGGACCAUUUCAACACUCAUGGUCGCCCUUACUCCAGUCAUUAUCUGUUGGUCGUUCCCAGCUUUCGUUAUUCUCAGGUUCAUCUCCGGAUUGGCAUUUUCGAACUCGUUCCCAGUGGCUGGUUACUUAGUGAACGAGUGGGCUCCGAUCAAUGAAAAAGGCUUGUUUGUGGCGGUCCUGUCCGGCUAUGUGGAACUCGCCGGAGUCUUCAGCAUGCCGCUGAGUGGACUGAUAGCCACUAAAUUGAGCUGGGACUGGGUCUUCUACUUUCAUGCAAUUAUUUGUGGUUUCUUCACAGCUUUCUGGGCUGUAUACUACAGGGAUAAGCAAGUAACGCAUCCUUUUAAUUCCAAGCGCGAAUCGCAGAGAAUCAGUCGAGGAAAACAACCAGUGGUUGAGAAAGUAGCGCCACCAGUUCCACGGAUAUUUCAUUCGAUGGUGAUCUGGGCAAUUUGGAUAGCCGUGAUUGGAACCUUUCUCGUUGCACAAUUCACCAUUUCCUUUUCACCGAUGUAUCUUUCGUAUGUGCUCGGGUUUUCCGCCAUGAGCGCCGGAUUUCUCACGAUUGCACCACUAGCCAUUCAGCUUGUGGUCAAGCUUCUGACCGGUCUAGCCUCUGAUCGUCUUACGUGUCUGCCAGAAGUGGGAAAGCUGCGCCUUUUCAAUUCAAUCGCACUUCUUGGCUCUGGGCUUUUCUUCAUUUUGCUGUCUGUAAUCCCUCCAAUUGGUGACGCCACUGAUGUGAUCCUAAUCAUAAUACCACUUGCGCUGCUUGGCUUCUCUUCCGGUGGUUACCCAAAAUGCGCGGUCUUAGUGUCUCAACAACAUUCUCCGUUCGUGAUGUCUAUCGUGCAGAUUGUCGCUUGUUUGUCGCUGGUCGCCGGAUCAUUUGCAGUCCCAGCACUCACAUAUAGUGACACUUUCGAGCAAUGGCGGAGUGUAUUCCUCAUUUACGCGGCUAAACCGGCGAAAUGGGUGUCGAACCCAUCUAAAGCUCAAAUUCUGCCACUGGAAUGCACACUGCCUCUAGAAUGCACAACAGUGAGUACGACGGAGUUUCCACAUUCGGAAAUCUGCACUCCGGAUCCACCUUGA